GUUGUACAGGAGUUACUAUGGAAAUAGGAGGCCGAUUGGGCUCUUUGAAUGUGAAAAAUAUUAGUGGAGAACUUUCAUAGGAAAGUUGGGAAGAAGAAACUAAUGGAUAGAUAGGUGGCUGCGGUUACCUUUUCCAACACUUGCUUUUUUUCUUGAGUAUGGAUUCGGCAUUUUAAAUCUCAUCUAGGAAACCUUUCAAAUACAACACCUUUGCAUCAAGACUGAUUCAAUCAGAGGAUUGAAAUGCACCUUGUUUUGAUCCAUAGUGAUUCUGGCUCUUUUUCCCUUUGCGAGUGACUCGAAGUAACUCAAGAAGAUGGGUUCGAGUUCUUCGAAGGGUCGUCGGAAGGUGACCAAAGUGGCCCCAGUGCCAAGCAAAGGGGAAAGGCUGGCGCCGCAAGGCACGGUGGCUGUGUACCGUUUCCAUAAUGCUUUGCAAGAGACAAACCCGAACGUAUUUGCUUCCUCACCUGGGAGGAAUCUAAUACUGGAGAGGCAGCUUCCGCCACUGAGAGAGACCUGGCAAGGAAGGUAUCCUGCAGUGCCCCAACCAGGUGUGUUUGACCUCGCACAGGAAAGCGGAGCACCAAGCAUCAUCAAGCAACAUCCUCCUCGAAGGCUUCAGAAAUUGGAGCCUUUCAUUCUCGCAAAAGACAUUCCUCCUGACAAACACCGAAGCCUGCAAGGCGCAUCGGCAACGUGUAGACCAAAAGAGCAAGUGAAGGGACGGCACCCUGCUAUCCAUCCCCAGGGAAGGCGGCAGUAUUUGCUCCAGAUGAAGAUGCUAGAAAUCAGAAAAGAGGAAGAACUGAAGAGACGCCUGCGCGAAGAAGCCCGAAUUCAUAAGCUCCAAACAAGGGAUCUUGACAGGAGAGGGGUCCUGGAACCCAUGCGGAGAAAUAACAGCUCGGAUGAUGAAGACCUGUUUGGCCAAACCUUCAAAAGAAACCAAGGUGAUUAUUGGAGUGGAGAGCUUUUGAAAGAGCCUGGGCCAUCUGAGGUCCAUCUCAGCCAGAGGGGGAAAGUGGAAGCGUGGCUGUGGAACCAGCAUGCAAGAAGAGAGUCGUCCUCAGAUACGUCAAGCAGUGACUCUGACAACUGGAAUCAUCCUUGCCGGAGACCCGCUUUAGUGAGAACUAAAACGGAAAGGAUCGCUCUUUUUGAUGAGUUUUUUGAUAAAGAGUUCUGAUCGGAAGAUGUGGUGCAGAAGCUUGGCCUGCAAACAAUUGAUGAGACUCGUAGGAAUGAGAAGGGUGGGGAACACCAGCACCAACCAACCUCCACAACUAUUCUAGCCAUGGAUUUAGAGAGUCUUAAGCCAUUGAAAUCCACAAGCAUGUGGACAAUUUCAACAG